AUCGUUUAUUGACGUCUCCGCACAGUAUUGAUCAAUCUGAAUAGACGAACAAGCGGUGUAGUCGCGCUGUUUAUGUUUAGCGUACUGUCGUCACGCUACGCUGUAACUGAAGAGGGCCAGUGCUGUUAGCCUAGGCGGUGGGAUCUGAUAUCCAAACGUUUAUCUGUGAGGUGUACAAGGUUGUAAGACAUGUUUACACGCAAAAAGAAGGCGGCGUCAAACCCUAAAGAGACGAAGAAACACAAGGGAGAGACGCUGUCUGACGGUAAAGGCACGAAUACGCACAACGGAGCGACACCAAAUGACGUCACAGAUAUGAAGACGCACAACAGAGAGACGUUGGCUGACGUUAAGGGCACGAAGACGCACAACAGAGAGACGUUGUCUCACAGAAGAGGAACAGAGACGGCCGAGGAGAAGCUGGCUCGCGCUGCACGGAUCAAGGAACACAAUGAGGAGACGCUAGCUAAAGCCACUCCGGGAGACAUGCUGAAGUUUGACCGUGGAAUCUACUGUCACUGGGCACUGUACAUAGGUGAAGGUCGUGUCAUUCACCUUGCGGGAAGCGAAGGAGACAUGAACGACAACGUCAGUGACGUCAAGGUCCGAGAGGACGGCUUCUGGAAGGUUGCUGAAGGUGAUAUGGUUGACGUCAGCAACGACAAAGACGACAGAUGGAAUCCUUACCCCCCUGACGAAAUCGUGGAGAGGGCCAACUCGAGGCUUGGCCGGGCCGGCUACAAUCUGGUCCUGUACAACUGCGAACACUUUACCUCUUGGUGCCGGUAUGGGAAGAGCCAGAGCGAUCAGGUUGACCGAGUCGCUGCUGCUGGGUCAGAACUGUUCGGAGGAGGAGUGAUGCAGAUAUAUGACAUCUUUAAAGGUUUGGUGAACCCAAGCUAGCGUGGAGGCUGAGUGUAUUAUGAUGUACAACUGACGACGAGGUAGUGUUUCAUUCGAGACCAACUCGUGUUAUUCCGGACGAGCCGUCUUCUUGGAGGUUACGGAAAGGGGCGAGUGGUGACGAAUGUCUUUGUGACUGUGAUGAAUCCACGGAUGAACUGUUUUCGUUUGCAAUAUUGUGACCAUUGCAGUGACUGUGGAUAUUCUUUUAACAUUUUAUGUACAAAAUCGCUGAUCCCCCUAGUUCAUAUGUACAAAAUUGAUGCCCCCACCCUCCUUCCUAGAACAAAAUGGAUGACACCCCUUAAAAUCAU